GCCAACUGACCUGGACGUGGCCAACAGCCCUGACCUCCAACAAAGCCAUCCACCAUUCCAGCUGAUUGGAAGAUGUUUCCCUUCAAGGUGAGCAAAUGGAUGGGACUGGCCUGCCUCCGGUCACUGGUGCCACCCUCACCCAGUAUCCGUCAGGAGAAAUUAAUACAUAAGCUGCAGGAGGAAAAGGCUUUUCGAGAAGAGAUGAGAAAUUUCCAUGAGAAAAUAGAAGAUUUCAGGGAAGAGAUCUGGGAGUUCCGAGGCAAGAUCCGGGCUUUCCGGGGCCAGAUCCUGGGUUUUUGGGAAGAAGAGAGACCUUUCUGGGAAGAAGAGAAGAUCUUCUGGAAGGAAGAAAAAACCUUCUGGGAAAUGGAAAAAUCUUUCCGUGAAGAAGAGAAGGCUUUCUGGAAAAAAUACAGAACCUUCUGGAAGAAGGACAGGGCAUUCUGGAGAGAGGACAAUACUUUAUGGGAAAGAGACCGGAAUCUUCUUCAGGAGGAUAAGGCCCUAUGGGAGGAGGAAAAAGCCUUGUGGGUAGAAGAAAGAGCCCUGCUUGCAGAAGAAAAGGCUCUGUGGGAGGAUAAGAAGUCCCUCUGGGAGGAAGAGAAUGCCCUCUGGGAGGAAGAAAAAGCCUUCUGGGUGGAAGGUGGUGGCUUCCAUCUCCUUGGGGAGCAGAGGCCCCAAAACGGUCCCUACAAUGCCAAUGAAGAGCCACAGCAGUCAACACCCUUCCCCCGAGGGCGUGCUUAGUGAACACUGGACACAGAGGGCCAUGGGGUGCAGACAUCACUGGUGGGGAUUGAAGUCCAGGGUUACCCCAUGCACUAGAAGAAAUAGACACUAAUUUGUCUCUUUGCCAUGAAAGAGAUAAUAAAAGUCCUGAAGAGAGGUUUGACAAAACAGCUCUUCCAGAGAGGUUGGCUUCAUUCUCC